AUGAUGUGCGGGAGCCGCGGCACCGGGGCCAAGGUGGCGCGCGGCGCCCUCAAGGCGGCCGGCGCGCGCAGCAAGCCGCGCUCACACGUCGGCUUCGCGGCUGGCGCGGGCGGGGCGGGCGGCAGCGGGCGGCGCCGUGGGGCUGGGCGCGGCAGCAAGGCCGGCGUGGCGAAGCGCCGGCGGCGCGCCGAGGAGGAGGGGGAGGAUGACGAGGAUGAGGAGUCCGAGGAGCAGGAGGAGGAGCAGGAGGAGGAGGAGGAGGAGGAGGAGGAGGGGCAGGAAGACGAGGAGGAGAUUGAGAACCCAGAUGAUGCGGGCGGCGCUGACGAGGCCGGCGAGGACGACCAGCCGCCCAACUCCCAGCGCGGCGGCCGUCGCGCCGGCGCCGCGCUGGCGGCCACCACCCCGCCGUCGCUGUCGCGGCGCCAACAGCUGCGCGCGGUGGACGCAGACCUGGGGCCGCUGCCCGGCACGCAGGACAAGGAGGGCGCGCACAGCCAGGGGCGCGGCGGCAGCCAGCGCGCCGCGCGGGCUGCGGCGCGCAGCAGCCAGGGCGCGGGCGGCAAUGCAGCUGCGCAGCGGCGCGGCCGGCAGCAGCAGCAAGAGGAGAACGAUCGUGCGGAGUCGGGUGAUGACGGGGGGCAGGGCGCUGACGAGGACGGGGACGUGGUGAUGGCGAGCGCGGAGCAGCUGCCCCCCUCUAGGCCCAGCCAGCGGCAAAGGCAGCGGGAGCAGCAGGCGGCAGCGGCGGAGGAAGAGGCGGGCGACGAGUCAGAGGAGGAGGGACAGGAGGAGGCAGAGGAUGCUGAGGAGCAGGAGGAGGAGCUGGAGGAGGGUGAUGAUGAGGAGGAGGAGGGCGACUACAGGGAGCAGGCGCCGCCGUCUCAGGGCCGGGGCCGGAGGGGCGGGGGCCUGGUGGUGGAGAACAGCCAGGGCAGCCUUGCGGUGCAGGUUGACGAUGACACGGAGGACGACGCCAUCGACGUGGAGGAGCCACCACCACCGCCGCGCGGCCGCGGGCGCCCACGCAGACACUUCUGA